UUUCAAAUACGCACUGAGAGUAGAUCUUAUUCCGAUCGAAUUGAACAAUAUACAUAGAAACACAUAUCACCACUAUGGCAACCCUUCAUCCUGCACCUUUAAGCCUGCCAUUGGUGAGUUCAUCAUCAAAAACAUUGCCGGCUGCAUUCUGUCGGAAAACCACUAUUUCUGCCUCUUCAGACAGGCUGUUGGCGAAUAUUCCCAAUAUCCGUCAAACCAUAAUCACCGGCCUUCCAAGAAUCUUUCCGAAUACAAGAUCUUCCAUAGUUGAGGAACUAGACCAGGAAGCCAAAACCUUCACCGCAACGGCGAUGACGAUGAUCUCAAACCCGUUUAUCGAGAAAACCCGAACCAGAACCCGAACCCGUCUUAGCUGUGAUGUGGCUGAAGAUCCUCUAAUCAUAGCGAAACUUCACGCUAUCAAGGAGGCUGUAGCGGAUAGGGUGGAGAUGCACAACAAUGUGUGUGAGCAAAGGAACAAUUGGAAUAGCCUCUUAUUAAACGCCAUCAACAGCAUUCUUCUCGCCGCUACCACUACUACGUCAGUCGGAUUCGCCUUUCCCGGUGAACAGCCGCCGCCUCUUCAUAACCUGCCCUCUACCAUCUUGUACCUAUCCGCGACGGCGUUGCUGGUCAUAAUGAAUAAGUUCCAACCAUCCCAGCUGGCGGAGGAGCAAAGAAACGCGACUAGACUUUUCAAGAACCUUCUAACCGAGAUCGAAACAACCCUAUCAAUGGGUUAUGCCACGAAUAGUGAGGUCACAGACGCCAUGCGUAGAGUGCUCGCGCUUGACAAGGCUUACCCACUUCCCCUACUCGGGGCCAUGCUGGAGAAGUUCCCGACCUCUGUCGCUCCAGCUACAUGGUGGCCAGAACAGGCGCGCGCAAAGCAGAGCGACAGAGGGCGGCGUUGGGUCGAUGUUCACCGCGGGUAUACCAAUAACGGCUGGAGUGAGGACUUAGAAGGAGAAAUGAGAGAAAUAGUUAAGCUCAUGAAGGUUAAAGACAAAAAAGAGUAUUUAAGGCUAGGGGAAAAGGCCUUAAAGCUAAACAAACUUCUAGCCAUUGCAGGCCCCACACUGGCCGGAAUCGCCGCAAUCGGGUCAUUAUUGGCAGGACCAUCGUCUUCCUGGGCGGGGAUCGUUGGUGCAGCGGCAGGGGCGGUGGCCGUUGCGGUGAACACAUUGCAACAUGGGGGACAAGUGGGAAUGGUGUUCGAGUUGUAUCGAGGAACCGCAGGGUUCUUUGAGUUCGUGGAAGAGUCCAUUCAGUCAACCGUUAACGAGAGUGAUUUGGAGUAUAGGGAAAAUGGGGAACUCUUCCAAAUGAAGUUGGCACUGAUGUUAGGAAGGAAUUUGUCAGAGCUAAGAGACGUUGCAGCUAAAUCGAGAUCCAUGCACCAGGUCAACAAUGGAGAUGAAGAGUUUGCAUCCAAGCUUUUAUGAUUUUCAAUCUCCUUCCACAUAUAUAUACAAGCUAGCUUAGCUAAUAUAUACAUCCCAAUGUUUUGCUAGUCUCCUCUUCUCUUUUGGGUUCAAUUCAUCCCAAGCUUUUAUGUGUUUCUAGUAAAGAUCACAUUAUUCCAACUUCAUUCAUAAUUGUGAAUUCAAUAACAAUAAUUUCCUCAUGUUUUAAUAUGAAUGGAAAGAUAGUAAUAUGCAUGCUUGUUUUUU